UGUAGAGGCGGGCUGCUUUGGUUACAGCUCAAGUUAGUUUUCUGGAGCUUUUUUGGGGCUUCGUUUUAGACUCAUUUUAUAUAACUGUGUCUUAGGAUUGUGCAGGCCGGAGCUCUUAAACGGUUACAAACUUUAACGGGGAUCAACACUAAGCCGUCUGCUGGAGCAAUUCUUUGCAUAUAUCGCUUGUAAAAUCUGAGUCCUUCCGCAGAAGUGGAGCUGGAGACAUAAUUUGCGGACAUUUUCCGAGGCAGUUAGUUACAGCUGCUGCUGCUGGUGGAGGUCGUUAGAUAGUCGGCAGUGGGAAAGCUAGGACUGGGGGGGAUGUUUAGAAGAACACGCUCAUGCUCCAUGUGAUGAGCCCUUGUGUUGUUGAGUCACGACAUGGAAAGCUUCAGAAACCUGGGGGAUGAGACAUUUCCCAGCUUCCUCUCCAACACGUCUUUGGGUAGCGGUGGCCGGGUCACUCUGGGUGAUGUUACGCUGGGUUCCACACUCGGUGUGCCCGUGGCUGCUUCUACUGUGGCUAAAAGUAGAGCUACAGCAGACAACAGGCUAACGGAUGUACAAGCUUCCUACUUGGAACCGGGGCCACUUUCUCUAGCAGGUUCUCAAGGCUCAAGUUGUGGGAGGGAAAAGUUUGCACUCAGCUUCAAAGAUGAUUUGGAGAACGCAGAUGACUUCAUAGCUGCCAAUCGUUUUUCAGGCCUGUUAGUGAAGGUUAAUUUGGAUGAGUCAGAAUGUGUGCCAGUGUCUAAAGCCUCCGAUAUGAGAGUUCACGCUGCGUCUGCCCGGCCCUCUGAUUACCCUGAUGAUAUUUCUACUGGCUUAUUAACAGUUUCACAUUUUGGAGGAAAAGAAACCAUUGCGAGUCCGACUGUGUUGGCUCCACUACCUAUUGAAGAGGGUCUAGAGAGUGAGGCAGCGGACAGUGAUGGGAUGAGCGGCAGUGUCGCUAGCUUCCUGGUUAAUGAGAAGCUCAUGUCGCUUGACAGCAUGAACAGCGAUUUAACAGAUGAUGACAUUGAUGUAGACAACCUACACGAUGAAGAGUUGCAGCUGUACUUCAAUAAGCUCGUUCCUCCGUCUAUGCAGAGAGGUCGAGUGGAGGGCCAGGAAAUCUCCGCUGCUGAGUUACCUGGCAGCCAAAUUGGUUCAUCUCAGCCUCUUGCUACUGAACUUACAUCGACCAAAAACCGAAGCAACUUUCUAAAUGACUACAAUAAGGGGGAUUUUUGCAUGCCUGAUGUGCGACUAGCCGCCACAGGUAUGGAUUCGUGUCCUGCUAGUGAUGAAGACACUGAGGAUGAGCUGGAAGCCUCACAGAAUCGUAGUAGAGCCCGAUUCCUGUUGCCCAGCACCUCCAGACAACUGGUUGGUGAAAGCAAUCAGACUCAUUGUAGGCCAGGCCUAGAGGGUGGAAGCUCAGAUGAUGAGUCUCAGCCAGGUGAUCAAUUUAUAGACUCCAGGACAGGCAUUGAACAACGGUGCUCUGCUGAGGGUAGAGUGAUUGAAUUGCCAAUAACCGGAGAUGGUGGAGGUGGUGAUGGUAGCAGUGGCAGUGAGGAGGAUGGAAAUGAUGGGGGUGUGUCUACAGUCCCGCCACCCACAGGUGUCCAGACCACGUAUGAUGUGUUACGGGGACUGGGAAUUGUGGGAGGAAAUGGAACAGGCGAGGAUGAACACCUAUUCUCACAGCUCCCUGGAUUAGGCCGAUUUGCAUCAAGUGAGCAUAGCCAGAUGGGACACCGUGUGGGCCCAGUUGGGACAGUUGAAACAGAGUCUUCAGUUCAAGGUUCUGUACUGACCAGGCUUCAAUCUACAAACCAAAGUAUGAAUCAGCAUAGGCAAGAGGCACUGAAUUCCAUGGAUAGUUCACACUCUGGUGCAGAAUCUCUGGAGGAACAAUUUGACUCUAUGUACCUUAGGCCUGGUGGUGUCUGUAACCUACAGGACUCCACUUCUGGUGCCCUUCAAGGCACCCAGUUUGCUUUUGACUUUUCUUUUACCAAAAACAGCAAAGCGGGAGUCAGCCAAGGGCAUACAAUCAACUUUAGUGAUUCGGGUCUCUUUGGGGGCCCUUGUAGGAACUCUGUCAGUGUUGACAAAUACACAAAAAGCAAUGAGGAACAUUCAGGAGAAUCUCUUGAAGUCAAGUACCUGUCUCAAGCUUCCCAUCCGAAUGAAGAUGAGCGGAGUGAUAUUUGGAAUCAAGUAUCCUGCCCUGAUGUUCAGCUGGCAUUCCAACAAGAUGCCAAUGCCACUCACAGUGUUGUCUACCAGAAUGAGGAUGGGAAAUGGGUGACUGAUCUAGCCUACUAUUCCUCCUUUGAAAAGGAGACAAAUAUCCCUGAUGAUAUUGCAAACCAAUUGCAGUGUGAGGAGUUUGUUGUUGGUGGCCAGGCUAUGGAAAAGAUUAUUGAAGAUCAAGCAGAGUUUGAUAAAGAGCACCAAUUCAUGCAGGAAGAACAGAUUGAAGCGGUCAAUAGAAGCGUACUUCUUGGCGACACCUCAUGGAAACUUCCCCCUAGUAGCCACAUUCUAAUGAGAUCCUCCCAAGUCUCAAAUGAGUUUGAAAAGGGAAACCAAAGUUAUUUGCGAAUUUCCCUGGGGGAAUUUUUUCAGCAGAGAUCUGAAGCGUUGGGAUGUUUAGGGGGCAGUGAGGAAGACAUUAAAAGGCCUUCAUUUGGUUAUAUCAUCAACUCACCUGAGAAGAGGGAGCCCUUUGCUUUGAUUCGGCCCUCUGAUUUCUCUUCUAGAGGAAGCUCUGUUCACAGUGAAACAGUCCAGCUUAGUGAGGCAGAUGAUACCAUGAAUCCAGAAGAUUUGGAAAAAACCCUUGUACUGACACCAUCUGGGCAGCCACAAAUGGGUCAUUCACACCAAAAAGAUGUCCAGGUUUCACCUGUGGUAUCACUAGAACAUAAAGAAAAUUCCAGUCAUAGUUCUGAAUCAAACUCCAGUGGAAAUGUAACACUUAGCAUCAGCACAAUUGCAUCAGCUAUUGCUGAUGCCUCAAUAAGCUCAGACCCUGCCCAGCUUGCAGCAAUGAUCAUGGAGUUAUCAAAAAAGAGGCAGUCCAAAAGCAGGACAGGCGUGUUGGUUCAGACUCCUGAGCUUGAAAAACUGCCUGAGCAGGAUCACCUUCAGAAAACCAUAUCCAUGGAUGAGCUGAGUGUUCUUGACAUGGAGAAAUACCUGAAGAAGGCAGAAGUGUCAAGCAGUGAUAGUGAUGCUUCCAGCUCUCAUUCCUGUCUUGACAUUCUUAGCAUGGCGGACAGUCUGGGUAAUUCUCUCGGUACUACACAAAGACAGACUCCACCUUUACAAAACAGCAUCAGUCUUCAUGCAGUAGAGCAUUCAACUUCAAAGGGUGUUUUUUCAAGUCAGGUUUCACAAAAUAAUGCAUCCAAACAAUCUAUAGAAUCUGUGUCUGAAUGUAAAAGGUCUAACGCUAAAAGAAGUUCUAUUCCACGUCCGAAGACUAGCUGCAUUCCGACAGCCACAGCUCACCCAGCUAGAAGAUCAGCAGGUGCAGGGCAGUCUUUGACCUCAACUCUAAAGCCUAAAUCUGUUCAAGGAAAACCAGAAAGAAGCAAAAGUGGCUGCCACAUACCAACACCCGCAGGAAACAGGAGUUGCUCAGAGUCCAGGAUCAAAAUAAGCCCAGCACGACCGCAGGCCUCUGGAACAUGCCAAUCUUUAAAAAGUAAUGACUCGAUAUCAGAAUUAUUGUCUACACCCAAAAACCAUCAAACCAGUGGAUGUUCAGAUUUACCUACAUCAGGGAGCUUGCAGCACACAACCAAAAGCAAAACCUGUCUGAGGCAGGAGGGGAGACCAUGCUCAGAAGCAGCACAAUCGCCUGGGAGUCCACGAGCUGCUCAAUCUGUUGCAAAAGAGAAACUGACACUUGCUGGACCAAGUUGUUCUUUAAACACUGAUGCAAAUUUUGCCUCACCUGAGCGCUGUGCCUCUGGUGUUGUGGAAGCUAGCCAUUGCAACUUCAGACCAUCCACCUCUCCACUUACUCAUUCAAGCCCAAGUCAGACAUCACUGCCUAGUGGAUAUGGAGACCUGUCUCCUUCCUCUAGUAGUGGUAUGUGUGAGAGAAGUCCUGGGACUGACCCACUGUCACCACAAUCUCACUGUUCUAGUCCAUCCAUCAGCAGACUUACCUACCUUUCUAUUAAUGAGAACACUACACUUCCUACACCUGCUAAUCAUCAGAAAAAUAACUCUAUGUCCUUGAGUACCACAAUAAUCAGAGCAAGUCCCACCCCACCGGUGGAUCCUUUUGAUGCAACUAAAACUAUCCAUCACAAUGGAGACUUGAGUUCAAAAUUAUCCUGUCCUGCUGAAGCUCCCAGAUCAAAUCAACAUACCAUAGAACAUGGCUCACACGUCCAAAAUGAGGGCAUUAUCCACAACGACUACAAGCGUCAAUGUGGGCCAGUGAAUCAACAAUCCGAGCCUCACCCUAGUCUGUACGCUCCAGUAGACUCUGGUUAUUCUAGCAACCUCAACAUUAACAAUCAACCUGGUGGACCAAUGGAGCAGAGUACUAAACAAGUCUCUAACAUCCCUGGAGCAGGGAGUGGGGCUUUCCUUGACUCAAACUUUGGCCAUCCCACUAGUUCUUACAAAUCUGAACCUUUGCGGUAUGGGUUGGCCCCAAACGCUCAGGGUGCUUUGUCCGAUUUAACUGGUGGUGUAUCAGCUCAUCUCACUGGUCAAUCACUUUUCAGCACUCAGCUUCCCCAGCAUUACUUAAACACAGAUGGUUCAUUGCAGGCACCAUCCUACCAUAUAGGGCCUCUGGCAGGACCGUAUGGCAUGCCAGCAGUAAUGACUGGUGCUAAUUCACAAGCUGCACAAACACAUGUUCCAGGAACAACAGGUUUAUCAUCUGUCUAUAUGACUGCUGGUCAACAUCCUCAUCAUUACCCUCUUAGCAAAGCUUAUGGACAGCCCAGCAUGGGGGCAUGGUGUGUACGUGAUGUGGCAGAUUUCAGAGUGGUUGUCCCGGAUGAGCUGAAGUUUCCUGGUGCAUGUUGUGUUGGCAUUGCCUGCCAGACAUCACUCAGCAUCUUUAACCCCUCAGAACGCUGGCAACAGGUGGCCAUAUCUGUAGUGAAUCUUUCCAUUGAUGGCGAGAAGGUUGACUCCCUGCCAUACCAGUGGCUGAUUGUGAAGAAUAAGACCAUCAUUGGACCUAAAAGCACAGAGGAGCAGAAGGUGCUGUUGAUUGCUCCAAAAGCUGGCCUUUACCAGUGUACUCUCAGUGUGUCAUCCUGGCCUGCUUCUGCUGAGAGCGAGACUGUGGCACAGGCUGAAGCCUUUGCCAAGAAAGUAGUACUUAUAGCAGUCGCUGAGAAUCCAGCAAUAGACGUGGAUGUUGGUAAGACUGGCCUGGACUUCGGGGACUUGGCAGGGGGCACUGCUAAGUCCUUGUCACUUAAAAUGGUUAACAGGACUCGAGCAACUGUGCCCAUUCGUCUAGUGAUAAGUGCAAAUGCCUCGGCCUGGCAUUGUUUCAGUUUCUCUAAGAGUCCUGUCACUAUGACGGCAGAUAGCUCUCUCCAUUCUGGUGGGAAUUUGACUUCAGUUUCUGUCAUAAACCAUGUAAUGCAUUCUAGCUAUGGAGAUAAUCCUGACAGCUUUAUGGUGUGGGUUAACUUUAACGCACCUCAGAGAUUCAAUGCAAAAUUAGGUGAAUUAGGCACACCAGAUGAAUUCGGUGCUCGUGUGGAUAUUGAGGUGGACAGCCCUGGCCCCAGUCGUGUGAUCCAAAGUGUUCCCCUCAGAGCAAGGUCUGGAACAGCCAGAGUUCAUGCUCCCAAGGAUCUGCAGACUGUUUGUCUUCAGUGUCCACUGGGACAGUCAACCAGCCAGACCUUGCCCUUAAAAAAUGCAGGAAACAUUGAUGUCCAGCUUAGACUAAAGAGUAAUGAUGGUGACAACUGCUUUACUGUGAAGCCUGAAGAGCUUUUUCUGCAAACUGGAGAGGAACAGGGAGUCACUGUUUCUUUCACUGCCCAGAACAACAGAAAAUAUAAAGAGUGUCUACUGACAAUCCUUGUACUGCCCAGUGGUCCACAAUAUGAGGUUGUCCUAAAAGGAGAGGUGGUCCAGGGGAAUUCUAGGAAUGUGACAUCUGCUCAAGUGUCCGUGCCUCAUGGUGAAGUGCCACCGAUCCUCUCCAACAAGCAGUUCAUGGCUUGGGGAGGAGUUCCGCUAGGCAGAGCUGUGCAGCAGAAGUUGGUACUGAGAAAUAAUUCCCCCACAACAUCACAGCAGCUACGACUACUUAUUAGAGGGCAGGACCAGGACUGCUUUCAGUUGCAGAGUUCAUUUGGCCCUGAGGAGCGAUUGACUCGUAGCAGAGAGCAAAUAAUUAAACCCAAAGAGGAUGUGACAGUUCACAUUCUUUUUGCUCCCACACGUGUUGCUUCCAUGCUGGCCAAGCUUGAGAUUAAACAGUCUGCUGUGCGGCCCUCUCAACCUGGAGUCAAAUUCACUAUUCCUCUGUCUGGAUAUGGAGGGACAAGUAAUGUGAUUUUGGAGGAAUUAAGGAAGCGUUCUGAUGGUUAUGUGGCCACUCUAAGCAGUAUUCAGACAGGCAGAGUCAGCAAACUUUGUGUGUGUGUGCGAAACACAGGCUCCAGAGCUGCCUUCAUUCGAGCUGUGCCAUACAGCGACCUGGAAAAGCGCAUGGUCAUGGACUCGACAGUAAUUGGCCUAUCACCCUCACAGUUUAUACUGAAAGAAAGGACUCAAGAGGUGAUUACAGUGGUGAUGAAAGCAUCGUGUAGGGAGCAGGCUCUCUGCCAGUCAAGCACUGCUCUUCUAGCCACCAUUUGCCUCUUUUGUGGGGAUGAAGUUUCUCGUCAGCAAUUCCGGAGGUUAUUACGCAUCAAGCCUGAUGUGAGCAAAAAAGUGUUGUCUGAAAACAGCUUACUAAAGAGCAUCUCCUUUGAUGAACCCUUCCUUGGUGAGGAAUUGGUCCAGGAAGCCUUUGACCUUCCCCAGAGGCCAAAUGAGGCUCAAAUAUUCUAUGGGAAUAUGAAUAAGGUCAUCCUGUCAUUACUCGGUACAGUGGAAGCCUCUGAUUCAGGAGAGAGUGAACAUAUCGAGUGUGUCAGGGCCUCACAGCACCAUGCCAUGGAUUCAGACAGUGGUCUGGGGACUUCAGAGCGUCACUUCAGUAACGUUUCCCUGGACGUUCUUCCAGUAAAAGGGCCUCCAUUAUGUCCGUCACAACCAGUGGUGAAACGGACUGAAUCAUCUGUGGACAACACCUGGAGUAUCCAGCCUGAACAACUGGUCCUUACUGCACCCACCAUCACUGGUGCAGCUGAUACCAAGCAUGUGCGGAUCCUGAACUGUUCAGACCGUGAACUGAGAUUUGAGCUCUCCUGGCCUGCCCAUUGCCUGACAGUCACCCCUCAACAUGGCAUCCUCGAGCCUCAGAGUCACUUGCAAAUUUUAAUUAGCCCAAACCCCUCACUGGCCAGCAAAUCCUCAAUGCUUCCGUGGAGUGGCCAGAUAUAUAUCCAGUGUGAUGAUCAGCAGAAGUUUAUUAAAGUGCAGAUCCGUCAGGACUUGGCUAUGGAUAUCUCUGCUGUAAAUUCAUCCUCGGACCGCUCCCUUUGCCCCCUUCCACCCCAGACUGAGACCCCUGUAGGCUCAGGGUUUAAAGCUCAGUGCAGUAGCCCACACACUAGCGUGGAAAUUAAGAACCGCACAGUGGUCUUUCCAUCGACAUGCUCUGGAGAGUCCUCAGAAUGUUCUGUAGAUGUGGAGAACCAUGGAGAAGAAGUUAGGUGGUACCUUUCUUCUUUUGCCCCUCCAUAUGUUAAGGGUGUGGAUGGAAGUGGGGAUGUUUAUCGGGCCACAUAUACAGCUUUCAGAUGUGAAAGAAUGUCUGGGAUGCUUGGGGUCAAAGAAAAGAUGCAGGUGCCGUUUACGUUUCUCCCGCGGGACGGGGGCGACUAUGCUCAGUUUUGGGAUCUUGAAUGCCACCCGGUGACAAAACCACAGCAAAAAAGCCGCAUCCGGUUCCAGCUCAGUGGAAUGGGCAUAAGAGCAGGUGCAGGGACAGGCCAUAAAGAAGACUGUACUCUAGUGCGGACAGACUUCAGUGCAAAGAACAGGAAGAAAGUGGAAUCUGUAGGCUCAAAGACAGGUAUGGAGUCCUCCAGGAAGGGAGUAUAUGCCCCUCAGAGUCUCUAUACGUUCCCUGCCACACGUGUGGGUGAGGUCAGCACAUUGAAAGUCAACUUUCGCAACAAUUCUUGUGAUACGCAUGAGCUAAGAUUUUUAAGUCCUUCAGAGCCUUUCUUCAUCAAGCAUUCAAAAUAUUCUCUAAGGACACAGCAUUAUAUCAACCUGCCUGUGCAGUUCAAGCCCACUGCUGUAGGCCAGUUUUCUGGCUUUCUUCUGGUUCAGACAGACGCAGACGUUAAACUCUCCAUAGAACUCUCUGGUGAAGCAUUACCAUAACAAUCACACUCAUUAAUUUAACAAGUAUUUUUCCCCGCCUGAGACUUUUGUUUUUCAAACAGCACGAAAUAUUGACAGGGUUUUUAUAUUCCAUCUGCAGGGUUAAUAUAGUAUAAACUUUGAUAUUGCACUAACCUAUACCCCGUAUGUCUAAGGGAAGUUCAUUAGCAUUAAUUAGGCCAGUGGUUUUAUCGAUGCUAUGUAAUGCAGUCCCAUAUGCUACCUUGUUAAAGAACAUUUACUGUAUAAUCACAUUUGUGUGGAAUUUUGGGGGAUUUAUUAUUUCAAUCCACAUCACUAAUACAAAAUCUGUCUAAAAUUCAUGACUCAAAAUGCAAUUUUGUUGUACACUUUGUACAACACCGUGUAAAUGUAUUAUUGUUAUUUAUUUUAAGUCUUAAUAAAUAAAGAUUGAUUCA